UUCAGCGAGACACACAUCAACAUGUUCAAGCUCGUCGCAUUCGCCGCCAUGUUGGCCAUUGCUGCGGCCGCCCCCAGGCCCGGACUCAUCGCCGCCCCCGCCGUAACAGCGUAUGCCGCCGCCCCCGCUGUGGCAACCAUUGCAGCACCUGCUGUGGCGGUGAGCAGUGUCCCAGUUGUUAGCACUGGUUAUCAUGUUGCCUACAGUGUGGAGCCAGUGGAGCAACACGGUUACAAGAUCGUCUACUAGAUGUCACCACCAACUUCACGCGAAUCGUACCCACGCAGAUACACGAUAUAUCGACCUUGGUGUCCUGCUUCGAGUACACUACGUACACACACACACACACUCCGAACGUAAUAAAGGGACUUAUUUGUUACAUUCCAUUAAGCUGUCCACCAAAAUUACUGUAAUGUGCGUUAAAUAAAAUAAAGGAACACACACACUUCA